GCCCGAGAAGCGCAUCCUAAUUCGAGGCAAGACUCGUGGUGAGGUGCUCCUGGACGUCUGCCUAGGCGAAAGCUCUUUCGAGCGUGUGGCUCGAACCGGUAUCGCCGUGUCCGUCUGGGAGGAAAAUGAAGGCGGAGCCAUGCCCAAGAAGGGCGGUGUUACCGUCGGUAGCUCCAAGAUCUACAUGAUCCAGAUGAAGAGUGAAGCCGAAGCAGCAUACACCUUCGGACUUGUCGGGAAGUCCAGAUAUUGAAAGACUUCCUCGUAAUAACACCGGAUAUUUAUUCCACAUAACCCCAUUUCUUACUUUUCACCCUGUCUUGUUCAUGCAUCUGACUUUUAGCGAUGUUCCUUUGAUUUAUCCUGCAGGUGUUAUUAUUACUAUUCAUGUGCAUAUUCAUACCCCCUCUUGCUGUGAUCAUUUCUUCCAUCAUUUUUUCCCUUCUUAUCAUACUUUCCCUGUUUCCUCACUUGCGACCCCCUCUUCACGAUUUUCCAGAUGCCCAUGUGUAUAUGAACCGGAAGACGACCUGCAAAUGUGCGACGCAAGUUUUAGAGUGUGAUGAAUACUAUAUUGAACCAUUUCUCUCCAAUUAUGUCUCGAGCUUUUUAUUAUUUUCCUACUUGACUAGUUUUAGUUUAAACUUCACUGGUCCUUCUCACUCGCUAGCAUUGCGCAUCUCUAAGCCGACACUGUAAUAACAUAGUAUCUCAUAAUUUCAAAUAAUUUACCAUUAGUAGUGGUACCUUGCCC